UAAAAGGUCCAGACUCCGGGUUUUGGUACUCUACGUUCCCAGGUGCGCCAGAGUGGAGGACUCCAGCACAACUGGGAAGCCCGAGUUCCCAGCAGUUUGCUUAUCAAAAGUGGCCAAGCCAAAUAGGACCUUCUGCUUUGUGGGCUGAGACAGAGAGCCCCAUAAAGGAGUGCUGAAGUCAUCAUGCUACGGCAGCUACUCAUCACCCUGCCCAUGGAGGCCAGCACCUGGGUGAAGUUGCGCCAUCCAAAGAAGGCCAAGGAGGGGGCGCCCCUGUGGGAGGAUGUGACUAAGAUGUUUGAAGGAGAAGUUUUGCUCUCUCAGGAUGUUGAUGAGACCCAGGGAGAAAGUCUUGAGGAUGAAGUCACCUCUAGGCCCUCGACAGUGGAAUCUCAGGGACUAUUGACCUUCAAGGACAUAUCUGUGGACUUCACCCAGGAGGAGUGGGGGCAACUGGCCCCUGCUCACCGGAAUCUAUACCGGGAGGUGAUGCUGGAGAACUAUGGGAACCUGGUCUCCUUGGGAUAUCAGCUCUCCAAACCUGGUGUGAUUUCCCAGCUGGAGAAAGGAGAAGAGCCAUGGCUGAUUGAGAGAGAGAUUUCAGGAAGUCCAAGUUCAGACUUGGAGAAUAAAACAGAAACCAGGGAGUCAACCUUAAAGAAUGAUAUUUCAGGGGAAGAAUUACACCAUGGCCUAAUGAAGGAACAGUCCACAAGAGGAAACACUGUAUAUUCCACGUUGGGAAGAGUCUCCAAAUGUGAUAAGUUAGAAAGCCACCAGGAAAACCAAGGAAUGGGUGAGGGGCAAAUCCCCUUGACCCACAAGAAAACACUCACCCAAGAGAGAGGCCGAGAAUCUAACAGAUUUGAGAAAAGUAUUAAUGUGAGCUCAAAAGUUAUUCCUGGACCAGAAGGUCCUCCAAGAAAAAAAGACCAUAAAUAUGAUAUAUCUAGAAAGAGAAGUAGAUACAAUUUAGAUUUGAUCAAUCAUUCAAGGAGUUAUACAAGAAUGAAAACUUUUGAAUGUAAUAUUUGUGAAAAAAUCUUCAAACAGCUCAUUCAUCUUACAGAACACAUGAGAAUUCAUACUGGAGAGAAACCUUUCCGAUGUAAAGAAUGUGGAAAAGCCUUUAGCCAAAGUUCAUCCCUUAUUCCACAUCAGAGAAUCCAUACUGGUGAGAAACCCUAUGAAUGUAAGGAAUGUGGGAAAACCUUCAGACAUCCAUCAUCUCUUACUCAGCAUGUUAGAAUCCAUACUGGGGAGAAGCCCUAUGAAUGUGGCAUAUGUGAGAAAGCAUUCAGCCAGAGCAUUGGGCUGAUCCAGCAUCUGAGAACUCAUGUUAGAGAUAAACCUUUCACCUGCAAAGACUGUGGCAAAGCAUUUUUCCAGAUUAGACACCUUAGGCAACAUGAGAUUAUUCAUACGGGUGUGAAACCCUACAUUUGUAAUGUAUGCAGUAAAACCUUCAGCCAUAGCACGUACCUAACUCAACACCAGAGAACUCAUACUGGGGAAAGACCAUAUAAAUGUAAGGAAUGUGGGAAAGCCUUUAGCCAGAGAAUUCAUCUUUCUAUUCAUCAGAGAGUCCACACGGGAGUGAAACCUUAUGAAUGCAGUCAUUGUGGGAAAGCCUUUAGGCAUGAUUCAUCCUUUGCUAAACAUCAGAGAAUUCAUACUGGAGAAAAACCUUACGAUUGUAAUGAAUGUGGAAAAGCCUUCAGCUGUAGUUCAUCACUUAUUAGACAUUGCAAAACACACUUAAGAAAUACCUUCAGCAAUGAUAUGUGA